AUGAUAUUGAUCAAUUGCACAAGCGGCAGUAAUUUUUUCGAUGCGUAAACGGACACCAGAAAAAUAAAACAUGGAUCUAUACGAAACUCAUGACGAUGGGCCAGGUUUUGUUGGAAUUAAGUUUUGUAAAGAAUGUAACAAUAUGCUGUACCCAAAGGAAGACAAAGAAAACAGAAUAUUGUUGUAUGCUUGUAGAAAUUGUGACUACCAAGAAGAAGCUACGAAUCCAUGUAUAUAUGUCAACAAAAUCACCCAUGAAGUUGAUGAGUUGACCCAGAUUAUAGGAGAUGUGAUAGCAGACCCCACCUUACCUCGGACAGAAGACCACCCUUGUCCAAAAUGUGCCCACAAAGAGUCAGUCUUUUUCCAAUCCCACAGUACCAAAGCUGAGGAAGGGAUGCGACUGUACUACGUAUGCACCAAUUCACAGUGUGUACAUCGAUGGACAGAAUAGAUUGCAACUCCAUGGCUGAAUUACUCAUCGUUACAAAGAAAGAACAGAACCAUUUUUCUGCUCUACUUCAUCUUGUGAUUCAGGAAUUAUAGUACAUGUACAUUGUUAUUCAUACCUGUCGUUGACAAAAUUGACAUGAAAGUGAAACGCAUUUCUCAAGUGAUUAUUGUUCAUAUCAAGAUGCAGAUUUGUCAAAAUUUUGCAGAAAGCAAGACUUGUCUAAUAAAUGUAAUUUUACAUAA